AUGGCUGCGCCCGUCGUGACAGUCUCCGAGAGCAAGGAGCUCCGCGGCAUCAAUCUGAUUGCCGCACACUCACAUGUCCGUGGCCUCGGCGUCGAUGCAGACACCUUGGAGCCUCGUGUCGCCUCCCAGGGCCUCGUUGGCCAACAGAAGGCCCGCAAGGCCGCCGCCGUCAUACUCGAGAUGAUCAAGCAGGGCAAGAUUGCCGGUCGCGCCUGUCUGAUCGCGGGCCCACCAAGCACAGGAAAGACGGCCAUCGCCAUGGCCAUGGCCCAGUCCCUCGGCUCCGACGUGCCCUUCACAUCGCUCUCGUCUUCCGAGAUCUUCUCCCUCGAGAUGUCCAAGACCGAGGCCCUCACUCAGGCCUUCCGGAAAUCCAUCGGCGUGCGCAUCAAGGAGGAGAGCGAGAUAAUGGAAGGCGAAGUUGUCGAGAUCCAGAUCGACAGGAGUGUCACCGGCGGUGCCAAGCAGGGCAAGCUGACCAUCAAGACCACCGACAUGGAGGCCAUCUACGACAUGGGUGCCAAGAUGAUCGACGCCAUGACAAAGGAGCGGGUCAUGGCCGGCGAUAUUAUCUCGAUAGACAAGUCAUCCGGAAAGAUCACCAAGCUCGGCCGUUCCUAUGCGCGGUCACGCGACUACGAUGCCAUGGGCGUCGACACAAAAUUCCUGCAGUGCCCUGACGGUGAACUCCAGAAGCGUAAGGAGGUCGUCCAUACUGUCACCCUGCACGAGAUCGAUGUCAUCAACUCGAGAACGCAAGGCUUCCUGGCCCUUUUCUCCGGAGACACGGGUGAGAUCCGCAGCGAGAUCAGGGACCAGAUCAAUACCAAGGUUGGCGAGUGGAAAGAGGAGGGUAAAGCCGAGAUCGUACCUGGCGUUUUGUUCAUAGACGAGGUCCACAUGCUCGAUAUCGAGUGCUUCUCGUACAUCAAUCGCGCCUUGGAGGACGACCUGGCUCCCAUUGUUAUCAUGGCUAGCAAUCGCGGCCAGUCGCGGAUCCGGGGCACUGAUUACAAGAGCCCUCAUGGUCUCCCGCUGGACUUUCUCGACCGGGUGUCAAUCAUCCAGACGCAGCCAUAUAGCGGGGACGAGAUCAAGCAGAUCAUCUCCAUCCGUGCCACUGAGGAGGAGGUCGAAUUGUCUCCCGAUGCCCUGGCACUGUUGGCUAAGAUCGGCCAGGAGGCUGGUCUGCGGUAUGCCAGCAACCUCAUCACAACGUCACAGCUGGUUGCUGCGAAGCGACGGCAAAAGCAGGUCAGCGUGGAUGACGUGCAGCGAAGCUUCAAGCUCUUUUACGAUUCUUCGAGAAGUGUGAGCUUUGUGGCGGCCUCGGAGAAGCGACUCAUCGGCAACGAUGGCGCGGUGGACUUCUCCAUCGCAAAUGGCAACGGGGAGAGCAUGGAUACGAGCUGA